UUUAAAAACGGUUUGGGGACAGAGAAAUCCCAUUACAAAGGAGAGAACACAGUGCCCUGGAAGCACAGAGCUGCUCAAUCACUGCAGCUUCCCUGCUCACUAAUCAUACCAGAGACCUACGCCUGGGACAUUUAGGAGAUGAUAGACAGUGACAUCUCUGCUAUAAUGUCUGGGAUAAUAAGGACAUCAGAGCAGAAUCAUCAUCCACAAAGCCAAGAAUACAGGCAUAUGAACCCCUCUCAAAUGGGAGCCGAGGAGCUUCCUAAUGACCUGCAGUCUCUGUCAUGGCUGACUUCUGUGGAUGUCCCCAGGUUGCAGCAGAUGACCAAUACAAGGAUGGACUACAGCCACACUUCCCAGAAUCCUUUGAUGCAGCAGUCAGGACAUUUAUCAAAUAAUGUACACUCUCCUGGAUCUAUGAUCCACGUUCCGACAAGCAUGCAACAGGGGAUUCUGGGUCUGAAUACGUUAACAUCACAUGGGUCCAAUAUGAGCCAAUACAGUAUGGCAGGGCACGUGUCUCCUAGUUUGCAGGCUCAGCAGCCUGUGUACCAAACUCAUUCACAGCAAAUCUAUGGACUGUCCCAGGGGUCACAGUGUUCCUCUGCCAAUUUGUACAACAGCUCAUACAGGGCACAAGCCCAGUUCACACAGCCACAUCUUGCAGCUCAUCCUACACAGGAACUGCAGCCCAAGAGCUACCCCAAACCCAUCUAUUCAUACAGUUGCCUUAUUGCAAUGGCCUUGAAGAACAGCAAAACUGGAAGCCUGCCAGUGAGUGAAAUCUACAGUUUUAUGAAGGAUCAUUUUCCAUAUUUUAAGACAGCUCCAGAUGGCUGGAAGAACUCAGUUCGACACAACCUUUCCCUAAACAAGUGCUUUGAGAAGGUAGAAAACAAAUUAAGUGGAUCUUCACGCAAAGGCUGCUUGUGGGCCCUGAACCCAGCUAAGAUUGAUAAAAUGGAAGAGGAGAUGCAGAAAUGGAAAAGGAAGGAUCUUCCAGCAAUACGAAGGAGCAUGGCUAACCCAGAUGAGCUGGACAAACUUAUCAUGGACAGACCAGAGAAUUGUAAAGCUCCAAGUAAAUUGGUGGAAUCAGAAGUUCAAGCUAUGACGACCAUAGGAAACCUCCCAGGCAGGAUUCCUCAGCACCAGCCACACCGUGUCAUGACUUUGUCGUUACAAUCCAUUCCUUUGCACCAUCAGAUCCAGACCCAGGCCAGGAUAGCUUCAGGUUCUCCAGCCCCAGCACAGAGUCCUCCAAUUCACUCUGUUCCAGACAUGACCCACAGUCCCCUUCAACAGCACAUCAUGAGCAGGGCAGCUUCUGACUUUCUCAGCCUCACCUCAGAUAUGAACACAGAGGUUGAUGCCCUUGAUCCAAGCAUCAUGGACUUUGCGCUACAAGGAAACAUAUGGGAGGCCAUGAAGGAUGAGAGCUUCAGUCUGGACACAUUAGGUGCCUUCAGCAGUUCCCCUCUACAACUCUCAGACUGUGAUUUGGGAACCAUAGGUCUGACCCCUGUGUCUAGCAGCGGGGAUCAUUCUUUCUCAGACUUUCAGGUUACCAGCCUGUACACUACAUAUCCAACUCUGGAAAAUGUGGCACCUUCCCAGUGUGUGCCUGGCUCAGGAACCAAGCCUAUUGCUUUGCUUUAAUAGCGGGACAUCAUUCAAUUCAAACCCACUGUGAUGACUUCUCUAUGUAUAUUGGCACUGUACUGAAAGAGGUGAACACGAGCAACUGACAGGGUUUAGGAUGCCUUAUUGAUACUGGGAAACAAACUUGCACAAUUUACUCUGCCGCCAACUAUCUGCAAAACAAGAAGCCUGUUUAACAACACAAAGCAUUAUUUUUACUGUACGAUUAUUAUUGCCAUUGCUGCCUCUAGACCCAGUUUUUCGGUUGGAAAAAAAAGUUAAAUAUUGCAGUGAAAUCAGUGUUGCAUAUUCAGGGUAAAAUCAAUAUUCCAUGGAUGAAGACUUUGCAUCAAAAAACAUUUUCUACUGAAGAAGACAAUUAUUGCACUGUAAAGACACAACUUCUGUUGUCAACAAAAAAAAAAAAA